ACCACCGCUCACUAUUCAUUUUUUAGUGGAAACCCCAAGUGGCCUUCAUCAAAGUACCAUCUCGCCUACGGUUUUCUCCCCAAAACCUUAGAUCAAGCCAAGGGUCCCGUGCCACGGGAUUUUGAAACUUGGGCUGCGAAUACACACUUCAAUUUCAGCCAGGCACAGAGCGCUGAGAAUGCGGACCUGAAGGUCAGUUUCCACAGCGGUGAUCAUGGGGAUGGCUACCCAUUUGAUGGGCACCAAGGAAUCCUAGCUCAAGCUUUUGCGCCUUCGGAUAGAAGGUUCCAUUAUGAUGCCAAUGAGUUGUGGUCUGUUGGAGCUGAGCAAGGUUCUUAUGAUUUGGAGACGGUGGCUUUGCAUGAGAUUGGACACCUUCCGGAACUUGACCAUAGCUCAGUUGAUGGAGCUAUCAUGUACCCUACUAUCUGUCCCGGAGUGACUCAGGGUUUGCAUGGGGACGAUGUUCAAGGAAUCAAGCCUUUAUACAACGUUUGA